AUGGCAAGGAACGAAGAAAAACAACUUGCAAGACUUAACAGACUUUAUCUCCAGCAGCAAAAAGAGGAGGAGCUCAAGAAAAGGCCACCAAGACCAAAACUGGCAACCCUUAACACUGUUGAGGACAUCAAGAAAUGGCUUCCAACUGUUGUGAGAGACAUUGAUUUCUAUGUUAAGCAAAUGGAGGUGACCUGUUAUCCCCAGCAUCAGAUUGAAGAGUUUGAACUUCGUAUAGAUCGUCUCCGUGGAGAAUAUAAAGCCUUCAUUCGAAAGCUGCACCAGCUGGAACCAGAUUUAAAAACCACACCAUGGUGCGAUCGUCCGUAUGCAGGGAAGCGUAGAAAGACAGAAGCUUACACAUGCAGUGAAAGCAAAGAUGACACGCGACAGAAGGACAGUAACAACCUCACGACCUUUGUUCCCUUGUGCGUACCAGUUCUAAAAAACAGCAGCUUGUGUCAGAACUGGUAUGGAUUUGAAAAGCCAAAACUACCAUAUGUACCUGAGUUAGAAAGCCAGCUGCAAAAUGAGCCUCUCCAGUUUGAGUUUGAAAACAAGUUAUCAGAAUGUAGACAGUUAGAAACUUCAGUUGGAGCUGUAAAGUGGCCUGAUAAUAAUAGUAGACUUAGCAUGGAUGAAUGUAAUUCCCAAGGAAUUGGUGCUUUUGAGAAGUGUAGUGAAUCAGCGGUUAAUUCUGUCGAAUGUUGUAACCGAAAAGUAGAUGUAUCAGGGGAACUAACAGAGGCCGGCACAAGUACAUUGUUACACCAUAAUACCUCUCGCAGUAGAAAUCUGGAGAAGUGUAGGCUUCCUACAACCCAUCUGCAUACCAAGACUGAAAAAGAGAGAAUUACCGGACAGCGUACAUGUGAUUAUAAUGUUCCCAUUAAAAAGGUCUGUGUUGAAGAUAGUUGUGCCUCGAGUUUGGGAAACAACUCGGGGAUUUCUGUGCUAGGUUCUUUGAAUAUCCCAUACACAGACUCCUCAUCUUCCUCCGAAACUGAGACUUGA